UUACGCAUUGGCUGAUUUCACCUCCGCGACAUUACUGGGAUCUACAGUACCUGCCCCCCCCCCCUCACGUUUCGCGUGCGAGCAUGCUCUAAUGAUCGUUUUUAGCAUAAUUUGAAACUCAUUUGGGAGAGGCCACGUGACCAGGAGGCGGUAUCGGGGCGAGAGGCAUCCGUUUCAUCAGGCUUCAUUUAGUGCUGAGCGCCUGGAGGAAACGCAGGUGAAAAUGUGGGGUCCUUAAAACCAGUGCCUCGUCAGUCGGGAGAAAGCCAGCGACAACAUUCGACAUCGUCAUCGCUGGUACGGCGCACAGAGAUUGUCCUGCCGAGCGGAGGGCGAUGUCUGGGAGAGCCAACUUGGGGAUGACUUGAGACGAUUAGAAAAUAUGCCAAAUUCUGUGCGAGACUGUCUUCAACUGGCGCCAUGCGCAGGGCCAGCCCAGCCUGCAAAUAACAGCGACGUUUCUUCCGGCUAAGUCUAGUUAAAGCCACGCCAGCAGACCUGCAAGGUUGGUGUUAGCACGUCACCGGAUGGAGGCGGUAGGAGCCGCCGUGCAGCGGCACUGAUUUCCCGCUUGUUGCUGCAGCCUCAAUCCAAGGACGGGAAAUUUUCCGUGCGCGUGGGAAGAUGGUCUCUUGGGGAAGGGUGAGCCGUUCUAUUCAUGUUUCUAAAAGCGACCACCUUGAUGAGAUGGGUUAACGUUGAUGUUGGCUAUUAGUCGGGGAAACGGACCCUCCGUGUGUCAUGACACUGUGUAGAAUUUAGCCGGCUUUCCUCAGAGAAUAGACCUGAAAUAGCGCACGGUGAGGAGGACGGUCCUGUACAUCUGAGGAAGAAUCAGUGUUAGGAGGUGAGGGCGAAGGUUGUGAAAGCUGGAUGUGCAUGGAUUGUUUUGUCGCCGACAAACGUUCCGUAUAUGGGCGUGAUUGACGGGAUCCAGGUAGAAUAACAAUGAGACACGCCAAUGCCCACAACGUGAACGCCGGUUUAUUGCACCAACACCACAGCCCACUUCCAGAAGCCACAAGGGACACGUCAGGAGAGCGCUCACGUUUCUCACUCUGCCACCAUGUCAUGGGAUGAUUAAUUCGGAGCCCUUUCUUUUCUUGCAUGGUAGAUCCUGGCACAUACGUUCUAGUGCGAUUUUUACCCACGGGAGCGGCUUGUAGGCGGCUCAGGUGAGAGUGAAUCAACUUCCUUGAUGGGUGCUUACGCAGCGUGCGUCCCGAUAACAAUCAGGCAGCUGUGAUCGGGUCUUCUUACAUCUCGGGGUGAUCCAAUAUUGAUAGUAAUUGAGGCAUGGGCUCAGCCAUGGGACAUCACGUUGGAAAACAGGCACGAUCCUCCAAUGAUAAGCGCCUAGAUUGCAUAACACCCUGCAGAGGCCAGCCAAUUAAAACGUCCACGUAGAUAAUUAAAAGUCCCGACCAUUCACCCGGCCGCUGCGGCGCGUGGGCCGGCGUUUUUUCCUCCAAUUCUCCAUCCAUCACGGAACCUAAUCAGGCAUUAUUGACUUCCUUCUUUGACCUUUCACCCCUCAGGCCGAGCUCACAGUGUCCUCCCUCCCUGUAUAUAUCAAUUUAAAUUGUUUAUUCAUAACCAGCCGUAUAGAAUUUGGCACCAGAAACGUAUUGAUGAUAUGGUGGCAGUCUGGAUGUAACGUGACCGUUUCCCCGUGUGUGGUAUCCUGGUACUUAACCUCACCAACGUUUCCCCGUGAAUACGAACCUUGUUGUCUCGCUGAGAUAUAAACAAAGUUGGAGCUCGCCAUGGCGAUGAUGCAGAAGCCGAACUGUCUGGUGCGAGCGGACAUGGAACACCACCCUGUACCAGAGUCCUACCUGAUCGUCCGCAGCAAGGCCAUGCACCGCAGGGUCAUUUUAAACGUGGGCGGCAUCAGGCACGAGAUCUUGUGGAAGACUCUAGACAGAAUCCCCCGGUCCCGGCUGGGCCGCCUGUGGGAAGCCAACACCCACGAGCAACUGUUAAAGAUUUGCGAUGAGUACAGUCUGACAGAGAACGAGUACUUCUUCGAUCGGCAUCCGUCUGCCUUCGCAUCGGUCCUGAACUUCUACCGCACCGGCAAGCUCCACAUGAUGGAAGAGAUGUGCCCCAUCUCCUUCAGCUUAGAGCUGGACUACUGGGGUAUCGAUGAGCUGUAUCUGGAGUCGUGUUGCCAACAGCGGUACCACGCCAAGAAGGACCAGAUGCUAGAGGAGUCACGGAGGGAAGCCGAGCAGUUACGGGAGAGGUCCGGAGAGGACUUCGGCAACGUCUGUUGCGCCGAGAAAAGAAAGAAACUUUGGGACUUACUGGAGAACCCAAACUCAUCCAUGGCUGCGAAGAUCCUAGCCAUCAUCUCCAUCUUGUUCAUCGUCCUGUCGACGAUCGCGCUUUCCUUGAACACUCUCCCCAGCCUCCAGUACAGAGACGAGUUCAAUCAUAUGACGGACAACCCUACGCUGGCACAUGUCGAGGCAGUCUGUAUUGCAUGGUUCACAAUGGAAUACCUUCUUCGCUUCAUAUCCUCCCCAAACAAGUGGAAAUUCUUCAAGGGUCCCCUGAAUAUCAUCGAUUUGACUGCUAUCUUGCCGUAUUAUGUCACUAUCUUUUUGACGGAGUCAAAUCGCAGUGUCAUGCAGUUUCAAAACGUCCGCAGGGUGGUUCAAAUUUUUCGCAUCAUGCGGAUCUUGAGAAUAUUGAAACUUGCGCGGCAUUCUACCGGUCUGCAGUCCCUCGGUUAUACGCUGAGACGGAGCUACAAAGAACUCGGACUACUGAUUCUUUUUCUUGCCAUUGGCAUUAUGAUUUUUUCUAGUUUGGUCUUCUUCGCUGAGAAGGACGAAAAUCCACAGUUCAAGAGUAUCCCAGAGGCAUUUUGGUGGGCCAGUAUCACUAUGACGACGGUCGGAUACGGUGAUAUUUACCCAACGACGCUACUCGGGAAAAUCGUGGGCAGCCUGUGUUGUGUGUGCGGCGUGUUGGUGAUCGCAUUACCUAUUCCAAUCAUUGUGAACAAUUUUUCCGAGUUCUAUAAGGAGCAAAAGCGACAAGAGAAGGCCAUCAAGCGUAGAGAAGCGCUGGAGAGGGCCAAGCGCAACGGUAGCAUCGUCUCCAUGAACUUAAGGGACGCCUUCCAGAGAAGUAUGGAGCUGCAGGACGUGGUGGUGGACACACAAACAAACAGUCCUGACAGCUCCAUGCAUGACGCUGUGUCACAGAUCCACACCCCCAGCGGGACGGACAAGAGGCAGCAGCUCUUUUGUCCCGACACCGCCGGGAAGGGGUACGACGCCCCCGGAAGUCGCAGCACGCCCAUCCAGAGGGCAAACCCACACGACUUGACCUACACGCACCCCCCUCCGUACGGGGUGUGCACCAGUCCGGUUGAAGGGGAGGACAGGGAGCGAGAAAGCGACAACGAAAGUUUUGCCAGUUGUACGACAGAAUUUAAUGAAACAGAUACUCUGUUGGCUGAAGCAAGGGGGAGGGAAGAUCCCUUCAGGAACUCUUUAAGUAUUGAGAGGGCGCAUCCGCCGCUCGUGGUAUCGUAUAGUGACGGUGGGAGGUCAUCUUACUCAUUUGAGGAGUUGCAACUUAAAGACGGGUCUAGGAAAAGUCUCUUGAAACAGGGAGUGAGAGGAAAGCGUAUUAAAGCUAAGGUACGGAUCAGCGAGGACGAGGAUGUACUGCGGACGCCGCUGCCCAUGGUGCGGACUCACAGCGCGCCACCCGCGCCACAGAUCAUCCUCAGUCCUUCAAACUUACAAGUGCCCAACAAGGCGUACCCUCCGUCUCCGCUACCUCCUGUACUGACCCCACAACCUAGCCCAAUAUACCAGUCACAGGCACAGGGGGACCAAACACAAGCAACAGAGUCUCCUGGCGGAAAUAGUAGGAACAGCACGGAGGCUGUAUCCGACACGGACAGUUCCUCCUCUCCCAAACAGAAAACAAAGACAGCAAAGAUGCGCCUGAAAGAAAAACUCGGCAAAAUGGGGUUGAGGAGUCGCCAUGGCAACGGGCUUCCUAAGAAGAAAGUCCCCGCCGUCGGUCGGCGCUCCUCAACGUCCAGCUGUGAGGAAACAGGCGCCCGGAGCGGGAGCACGACGUCAGGUAGUGUGGGGAACGUCGACGACAACUUGCGAAGUCCCGUACCAGACAGUCCCUUACAAUCUACUCCCAGCGAGGCGGAAGAUGAGCCGAAGAGAAAUCCUAGCAGGGUAAAAUUCUUCGCGCAACAACCCGACCCGGAUGUAGAACUACAGGGUUUGAGUAAACCUGAUGAUCAUGAUGAAACAAGUGAAGUUCAGAACGAAAUUGAAGAAGAGUCGGAGUCGAAGGACGUCGCCUCCUCUGACGAACCUUUGCCUAACGGUAACCAAGAUUCGGCGUCGUCAAGUAGCGACAAAAAUGGUAACGUAGCUAAUCACGUGACGCAAACGCCGCCGCCCAAACUCGCGGUGCAGCCCGGGCCUGUCCACGAGGACGGCAUGGGAGACAUGGAGACUAUGUGCUAACACGCGUGCGCGACAGUCACGUGACAAGUAAAUGACUUGUUUCUUUUGGAAUGCAACAACAUUGGCCAGUGCUUGCAAACAUAAAGGCGAUGUCCGUAGCAUAAUUCCUCCGAUGCAAUAUCAGGUAACUGACUGGUGCCUUAGUCGUUCGGGCUUGGAAUAUGUUUACCCAGAGUCUUCUCGAGUAAUACUCAAACCACGGGGAAAGGCUUGUUGUAUCAGAAAUAUAGUACAACCGCGAUUUCAGAUAUCACGGAUUUUUGGGAACGCCUUGUGCGACCACCGACACGCCGCAUACGAUGACACAAGCCGCUCACGGAGAUAUCGAGAACACGUUACUCUAGUUGGCUCUUUGUAAGCAUUUCCGAGCCGUCAAAACGCAAGCACUGGCCAUGACAAAAUAUAGCUAACAAGUAAUUUUCUUAACUUUGAAAACUAUGAACGUACACUACAGAGGCGUCAGAAAAACGUGAAAUUGAGACAAUUGCUGCAGCAAAGUAUGAACUAUGUGACACGCUGCAGCCUCAUAAUGCUGGCGCCUUCAAAUGACACGUCAAAGUCGUCAUUCGACGGCGUCAUCUUCAGUCGUCUUGUUGUUGUACAUGUACUCGCGUAAUGCUCUUUGUAGAACUCCAAGAGAAUGUCAAGACAAGUGAAAUUACUUGCCGUCCCUCUCAGCGAUUUCUGUUGGAGUCUUCGAUCACUUUAUGGCACAAGUUUUUCGGCAUUACAGGAGUACCGAAAUGAUGGUGCUCAAUUGUCAUAGGGACGGACUGAAGCGAGUAAAAAGUAAGUCUCGCUCGUUUUUUUUUCGUUAUUGAGCUGAUUUGUUUGUCGUGCUGAAGCCAUCUAACAAACAAAGCCUAUCAUUGGAACAUGCUGGUUCAAUGAAGAACCAUGUGAACUUCGAAGCGGGUUUGCCCAAGACUUGCAAACAGUCGACCUGUCGCCCGUUCAGCGGUGAAACACCAGCCAGGAUCCUGGAAAUAACAAGCUUAGGGCGUCUGGACACAAGCUUAGUAUGUCAGUCACAUGUUUGAAUGUUAGCAGCAACUAUUUGACUAUGAACCCAUGGAAAAGUGCAACAUUGUUAGUUGAACUGAGAACUUAGCUAAAGAAACUAACAUCAUAAUCGUGUGCCCGGAAACGGCGUCAGUCAAACGCGGAAGACGCACAGGAUAGACCGGAGCAUCGGUAGAAAAAUGACUGUGCAGUUUUGUACGGAGGACGUAUCAGCAUAUCAUACCUUAGGACUUGGAGACCAGCGUUCACUGGUAUCAAAAGGACACUUUGAUCCAAGACUGUAUUCUAUAGCACUGUUAUACAGAGGAUUGUAGAAAUUAGAGUCUUUGUAAAUGACUAUAUAUCGAAUUUUUCAUCAGAAUGUAUGGCUUGACUUGUUUUAGAUAUACAUUGUUCAGAUAGAAAGAAAAAUUCUUUCCACUCUGGGUACAGAGAUAUACAAAUGUAUUAGGAGACGAAAAGUUGGCUGGGAUACACCCACUAUGCUUGCAUAUAUUUGCUCUGGAAAUUCUCUAUCGAUUGUAUCAAUAGCUUCAUUCCCUUGUGUUGAAGAGCUGUCUCACUUCAGGCCUUGCGCCGAGAUAUCAACAGCAGGGGCUGUACGAGCAACCUCCAUGGAACUCCUCUGUAGCUCCAGGGAUUUCCUCGUACAGCCGCUUCUCGAUAUCAAGCUGGAAAGGCUGCGGAAGAAGAAGGAACACCUUUGUAUCCGAGACGUCUAUAUACUCACAGCAUCCCUGUUGUACAUUGUGCUUUUAGUCGUUUUACGCCAUCGGUUAACAACAUUGGUUCUGAUUUCAAUGUUUCCUUUUUAACCACUAAUGUUUUCAAUCAACCAUUUCAGAACCACGAGCACGGCCCAUGUUGAUUUGAAAGCUACUUACUAUUGCUCUCAACAUCUUGAAAAAAUACGGGGUUGUCUUUUUUUUUAAACUUCUCAAUAUACAGCAAACCUCAGGCUACUAAUGCAAAAUUAAAUGCAAAGGCCGAAAUUUGUGUUUUGCAGUACGGAACACAACAGGAAACAAUGGGUAAAUGUAUCGCAAACCUCAGCCUUUCCUAACAAACACCUCGGAUGACAGCAAGUCAGUAGAAAGCCUGGCCGUCAGUUGAAGAGGUCAAAAAGCUGAGACAUCAAUUCUUUUUGCUUCCAGUUUGGCUAGUGUUGCAUUUUAAAGAUCUGUCCAGCAAAAAUCAUUAAUCAUCUAAAAGAGUGGUCCCAUAAUUAUAUAGGCUACCCUGUGUUUGGAUUUUGACGCAUACCAUGAGCUUAUUCUAUUUAUUCAACAUGUUCAACAUGGAUAUAUCUUUUCACCGUUCUUGCCUCAUUUUCCUUGGUUCAAUACCGUAACGCGACGUACGUGUAUACACCCUUGAAGAAAUACCUGUUGAAUGUAAUGCCAAAUUUCUCAAGCUUCUAGUGGCCGGCAAAAGGGGGCAGUUUAUAAUUAAUUUGCGAUACUGUUAAUACAUAUGUCGCAUAUUUUGUUUUAAAUGUAGACAACGAUUUUGAAGGCUGGCUAUAGAUCUAUCCGACAGAACCUCUAUGCACAUUGCUCAUCUCUCUCUCCGUUAACCUGUUCGGAAAUCCUCUGCAAACUUCGACUUUUUUUGCACAUACAUGUAGAUUGUCCACAACAACGAAUGGCAAACUGGUCUGCAAUAUCUUGUCUCUUUUGUUACAGUCCUUUGAAAAUAAAUAGUUUGACCAGUAUAUCCGACUGAUGAUACAUAACAUACUUGGAAAAAGAUAAACCUCUUAAAAACCUGACAAUCCUUAAGCAUUCCUAAGUCACAUCAAACCAGUCCUAUAUUUACUGACGAUGGCUGAUCUUUCGCUGGAUUGAUCCCGGAUGAAUGAUAUCAUUUCAUAUAACGUUCAAGAGUUUGCUUGCAGUUCACAAAGAACGUGUCCUCUCCACCUGAAACUACCGUAAUACUUUUCCCAAUACAGUGUCACUUAUUUCCAAGAUUUGAACUACGAUCGCGAAAAAUUGCUUAAGCUUACAGGCCCAUCUAUACAUAUCAAGCCGCCAUCGCUGUAAUGCCACGUAGCGAGAUUAGUCAAACUGCAGCUGUUGCUUAGUGUGAGGACUGAGGGAGCGUCUGUGUAACCAGGGAGGUUAAAUGAUGUAACCAAUACUGUAUUUUCCUCUGUAUCCCUCGCACAUAUUCAUUUAGAAACAUUCUAUAAGAAAUGUAACCAAGCGUACUCAGCGUGGUAAAGGGAUUUUAUCUUGAUUUAAUGAAACAAUUGAAGUGCCUAUCGCACAUAUAUUUGCUUCUCUGAGCAUUUUGUUACCUGUCGCAUUUACGUUUUUGUACAAUUUGUCUUACGGUAAGCCGUUCUACAGUCCAGAUCGACAGAAAUGACGGAACUGAGUGCUGACAAGCUGUUGAGUCUGCUUACAUGUAACGUUUAUGUGUAAAAUAUCAGUUCAGCCUGGUUUCAUUUUUACAUUUCACCACAUGUACACGUAGUUUGUGAUAAAAAUCACGAACUGUAAGUUAGAGGUUAUGCUUGUUACCAUAGCAAAAUAUCAUAAGCCAAAAUUGCAAUCAUGGCAGCCCUUUUCAGUCAUCCUGUAUUUUUCCUACCUUCACUUAAUAAUAGCGAUGUUGAAUGCACAUAGUUUUCAUUUGUCACAUGACUUCUAGCCAAAUAUGCAUCGCUGGGAACUCAAACAGUUCUAGAAACACGUGUUAAACUUCCAUGCGUCUGUUGCUUUGCCUACAUGAUACAAGGGUGGAUACGAGUUUGUAUAUGUACAUAUAUGUAUCGAGUAAAAUGAAACAAACUUGAAGAUAGAAAUAAAGUUGACGAAACUUUUUUUUUUGCUGCGGUAGCGUGUUUAUUUCUUUCCGUGUUUUCCUUGUGUGUUCCUGUAGUAUCAAGGCCAGAAUGCACUUGGACCUAAGUCCAAAAAAUUGCCCUUUCCGGUUGGUUUCUGGACCGACCCUACCAAAGACCCUGACCCUAGCCUAGCCUAUUUGGGGUUGACCACUGGCAACACCAUAAAGUUUACACAAAUUUCUACAUUAAAUAUGCAAAUUAAGUCCUCAUUUGAAAAAAUUGCACUUACUGUGUAGAACUUUGUCUAAACUACCUACAAGCUCAAAAUUAUGAAAAUCCAUUGUUCCUAUCUUGACUUGUCCUCUGAAAGAUUGACAAAAAUGCUGCCUGGGGACAAAGCCUACACAACUUUUUCAUGACAUGGAAAGCUAUGUAUGUAUCCUCAUCUGAUUCUUGCACGAAUUUUCAGUAUAAUGGCCGAUUUUCAACUAUUUUCCAGCAACAUGGCGAGCCUGGUAAUGGCUAGUUUUUCCAAUAGUACCUAUUUCUCCAAGAUCAAUAAGAAUCACGUGUUGGAAAUCCAUAUAAGGCAGGCAUCAAGUCCAUGUCAAAACCUAUUCUAAAAAAAACUGCAGCAUUCAACAGCUUGAAGACAUUGCACAAAUUCUUAUGUUUCAAAGAAUUAUCUUUGCUACUUACAUGUACUACAUGUAGUUGUAAACACACCAUUUCCAUUAACUUUUUGCCAUUUUGCUGGUUACCUUUCAUAAAUUAUCAUGGUGAUUAUAUUAUAAUGUUAACCAAGUGUGUUUACAUCAAAUUCAGGGCUCGAGAUACUUCUCAGCAUACCUGCAUUGAUUGU